AUGUCUUCUGAAGCAUUUGUAACAUUAGCCACAAAUGAUGGCUAUGCACUUGGAGCUCUUGUUGUUGCUCAAUCUCUACGAAAAGUUGGAACACAACGACAAUUAGUCGUUAUGAUAUCAAGAAAUAUAUCUAAUAUAAUCAGACAAACAUUAGAAACAAGUUUUGAUGAAAUUGUUGUUGUUGAAGAAUUAAAUUCACAUGAUGAAGAACAUUUACGUUUAUUAUCUCGACCUGAACUUGGUGUUACAUUUACAAAAAUAAAUUGUUGGCUAUUAGAAAAAUAUUCCAAAUGUGUUUUUCUUGAUGCUGAUGUUGUUGUUUUACAAAAUAUAGAUGAUUUAUUUGAACGCGAAGAAAUAUCAGCAGCACCUGAUGCUGGUUGGCCUGAUUGUUUUAAUUCCGGUGUUUUUGUUUAUAAACCAUCUAAAGAAACUUUUACAAAAUUACUUCAAUUUGCCAAUCAACAAGAUGCUUCAUUUGAUGGCGGUGAUCAAGGUCUUUUGAAUGCAUUCUUUUCAAAUUGGCGUUCAGCGGAUAUAUCUCGACAUUUACCAUUUACUUAUAAUGUAACAUCAAAUACAUUUUAUUCUUAUGUUCCAGCUGUAACACAAUUUCGUAAUGAUAUUCGUGUUGUUCAUUUUGCCGGUGCAUUAAAACCAUGGCAACUAACAUAUAAUCCACAAAAUGAACAAUUAUCAGGAAAUCUCGGUGGUCAACAAACUAUUCAAAGAGAAUUUCUUCUUGCAUGGUGGAAAAUUAUGUAUGAACGUGUUUGGCCACAAUUAUCCAAACAUAAUCAGUCUAAUAUUUCAGUGAUGACUAAAUCUCCUUCAAUAAAAUUAAAUUUCAAUAAAGAAAAAAGUUUUAUUUAUAAAAAUCGAAGUUUAUCAUAUCCAUCAAUAAUUGAUGAUUUAUUCAAUGAUAUAUCAAUACGAGAAAAUCUUAAAAGAAAAUAUUCUGCAGAUAAAAUUCUUCCAAAAUCAGGAAUAUUUCAUCUAAAACAAGGUCAAAUAAAACCUUUUUAUAAAAUUCAACCAAAAUCAAUUCCUAAUGAUUCAUUUUCUUCUCUAAAUCAACAACAACAUAAAUUACCAUCGGAAAAAAUUCUUUCAUUAUUUUCAAAAAAAACAAAUUCGAUGAAUCAAUUACAUGGUGGAUUUACUGGUUCAUUAUUAAAUUAUGGUUCAUUAACAAAUGAACAAGGUGUUCAAGCUGGUUCUGCUGCUCAUCGUCGAGCAUGGGAAUCUGGACAUGUUGAUUAUCAUGGAAGAGAUUCAUUUACUAAUAUUCAAGAACAAUUACAAAAAAAUCUCGGUCAACAACAACAACCAUAUCAUCCAUCUCAACAAAGACAAGUAACACCACCUAAAUCAACACCUGCCUCUGCUAAUACAACUCAACAGCAACAACAACCUACAGGUGAAACAACAUCAUCGAAUACUGGUGCUUCAGGAGUAUUGAAAACAACAACAACAACAACGGUUGAAACUCAAGAGAAGAAAUAG